GCCUUUCCUUUUUCAUUUUUUUUUUUUAUAAGUUGUGGUCGGAUUGUCUUGUAGUGGGGGGUUUUCUUUGUCAAUGAAACCUUGUUGUCUUCAUUCAUGUAUAAGCUUUUGGGUACUUUGAAGAGUUAGGACCUGUAAUGGAAGUGUACCAAUAAUGGCUGAGUCCUUGAAUUUGGGGCAUUUCUGAGAAAGAAACACUUUUUUUCCAUUUUUCAGUUCGUCAUGCCUUUGUCUGAGCUAUAUCAAAUGGCUAAAGGGAAGGUUGCAUCUUCUGAAGAGAAGAACCCUUCAUGUUAUACCGAUCUUUCCUUUGAACCUGAGGAUGACUUUUUUGAGCUAGUAUGGGAAAAUGGUCAGAUUUUGAUGCAAGGUCAGUCAAGUAGAGUUAAAAAGUUUUCUACCAGUAGUGGCUUACUAUCUCAUUGUUUCUCAUCUCACUCUCCUAAGACCAGAGAUAAAGAUUGGGGGAAUGGAACUAGUACAAGAAUGGGAAAAUUUGGGGCAACAAACUCUGCUUUGAAUGAAACUCCAAUUUCAGUGCCGUCAGCUGUGAUGGGUUUGACUCAGGAUGAUGACAUGGUACCAUGGUUGAAUUAUCCAAUCGAUCAAUCUCUGGAGCGUGAAUAUUAUUCUGAUUUUUUGCCUGACUUAUCUGGUGUCACUGUAAAUGAGUCCUCCACCCGUAAUAACUUUGCAUCUCUUGAUAGGAGAAGUGACAGAAUCCCAUCAGUCAAGGAUUCCCGGUCUGUUUCUGUACAUAAUAUUGUUAAUUUUGAACAAGGGAACGUGUCAAAGGUUUCUGAACCAGCAGAUGGUGAAGCCGCUAGGGGUAGUCAGUUAUACUCAAUACCAUCUCCACAUGUUAAACCAAGAAGUGUGGAUAGGAUUAGUGAUGGCAUUAACAAUGUCUCCAACCACCAUGUUGUUUGUGGCGGUUCAAUUGGGGUUAGAACUUCAGCUGGUGCUUUUGAGGGAACAAAAUUGCAGAAGCAAGAUCCAUCACCACCUUCUAAUGGCCCCGGCCUGAUGAAUUUCUCCCAUUUUUUACGUCCUGCUCUUGGUAAAGCUCGCGUACAAAACAUAGGUGCUACAGCUAACGUUGAAAGAAUGAGAAGUAAUGAGAAGGGCUCUGCUGCAAGUAGUAGCAACCUUUGUGAGUCCACUCUGAUUGAUUCAAAUAGUGGUUUAUGGAACGAAAAAGUAUUGCUUUCUAAACCUACCAUCAUGACACCAAAGGUUGAUGCAAAAGGAUCAGAGGCUAAACCUCAAGAAAAACCAUCGGUGGCUGAACUACCUCCUGCCAUGUGCCAAGAUGACAUUCUUAUGAGUGAUAAGAGCCCUUGUCCAGUUAUUGGGGAAGGUGCCACUAGAGGGCUGCCAGAUGGUGAAAAGACUAUAGAGCCUGCAGUUGCUUCUUCCGUCUGCUCAGUCAAUGGUGGAGAGAGAAUUUCUGAUGAUCCACCACAUAAUUUGAAGAGAAAACAGGGUGAUAACGAGGAAUCUGAAUGUGCUAGUGAAGAUGCAGAAGAAGAAUCAAUUGGUGUGAAAAAAUCAGCUCCCACCCGACCAGGUACUGGUUCUAAGAGGAGCCGAGCAGCUGAAGUGCAUAAUUUAUCUGAAAGGAGGCGAAGGGAUAGGAUUAAUGAAAAGAUGCGUGCAUUACAGGAACUUAUUCCAAACUGCAACAAGGUGGACAAAGCUUCAAUGCUUGACGAGGCCAUUGAAUAUCUGAAGACUCUUCAAAUUCAGGUACAGAUUAUGUCUAUGGGAGCUGGCUUAUAUAUGCCACCAAUGAUGUUACCAACUGGUAUGCAACACAUGCAUGCAGCCCACAUGGCACGUUACUCUCCCAUGGGUGUUGGAAUGGGAAUGGCCAUGGGUUAUGGAUUGGGGUUGCCAGACAUGAAUGGUGGAUCUUCUGCUUGUCCUAUGGUUCAUCUGCCUCCAAUGCAUGGAGCUCCUUUCCCAGGCCAACAAAUGUCUGGCCUCUCUGCUUUGCAGGGAGUGGCAGGAUCUAACCUCCAGUCAUUUGUGCUUCCGGGUCAAGGGCUUCCAAUGUCUGUCCCAUGUGCACCAACACCACUAAUUCCUAUGUCUGGUGGGCCUCUUUUGAAGUCAACCAUGGGACUAAGUUCCUCUGGAAUUGAAGGUCCUUUGCAUAAUAUGGAUUCAAGUAUAACUUUGACUUCUAAAGAUCCAAUGCAGAACAUCAACUCACAAGCAAUUCAGAUCACUGGUGCAGGUAGCUCUAUGAAUCAGACACUUAGUCAGAUUCAUCUGGACACUUCUAAGGAGGGUGGUGCACAAGUAAAUUCCUAACAGCUUUUAGUAUUCUGAAUCAUUGGCUGGACUAGUGUGCCUUGGAUUCUUGGAAGGCUUACAGAUGUUUCUUUCAUGUGUGAAUGAUUGUGAAAUUGGGAAAGCAAUUAGCCUUAUUUGAUGUUUCUUUGACUAUAUGAGAUGGUUUAAUGCAUGGUGUUCUUGCUACUGAUAAAAGCAAAUUAGGUUCAAGGCUUGGAGCACAUAUGUACGGAUGCAUUCACUUGUGCGUGCACGUACACAGAUGCAUAUAACAUGCUUGUUCUCAAUGUAGGCAAGGAAAUUGGGGCAAAAUAGAAAGAAUUUUAUUCUAGUAUAUAUAAUAUAUUCCAGAAUCCAGACUAUUGAUUUUCGACUUCUUGUCACCCUACUGCAUGUUCUCUUCAUAAUUUAGGUUUCUUUGCUUUGUUUUGCGUAUUUAUUUGGGCUGAAACCAUUCAAGUUUUACUGUAUGUGAUUGGGUGUCACAAUUCCAGUGCCUAACAACAAAUGAAAGUUUUGAACAGCCUGUCACAGUGCAAGAUAAUAGGCAAGCUUCAGACGUGACUGAAAGUAUACCAGUGAGAUCAACAGAUGGAAAUGAUAAAAGUACCUGAUAGGUUAUGAUUGGCAGCCAUUUUAAUUGAGGAAGAGGAAUUAAUAAGUCUUGCUUCCUUACAAGAUUGAACCGGUGCAAUGGUAAAUCCUAGCACUAGUUUCAGCACCAUACAGUUACAAUUUGCACAAAGUUUGGGGGGCUGGAAGUCUUUUUCUUACUUGUGUACAUUGAUUUACAUGACCCUUGCAGUUUUGCAAAUAAUGCGAUUAGCAUUAAAUGUCUCAAAAACUAGCACGGAAUUCAAUUAUCUAUUGUAAACUUCCUAUCUAUGAAAGUUCUCUGAUUUGAUAAAUGAUAUACUAGUAU